GCUUUGCUCAUCUGACCUAAUUUCUUGCCGUGAAACACCCAGCCUUAGUCUUAGACCAAACUGGAAAUGCUACAGCAAUAAACAGGCAGUUCAGAAUGAAGAACCCACUUGCUGGCUGCAUGCAUGAUCAGGCAUACCAAGAGCUGAAAGGGUAUUCUAAAAAUGGAGAUAAUUACUGCAAACAACUCUUAUCUAUCCUUCAACAGAGAACUAGUUUGGAGAUUACAUACGGUAAAGGACUGGAGAAAUUGGCAAACAAGCUUGCCAAAAUGCUGACCAAAAUAAAAGUGAACUAUAUUCAUAGAACUUCGCUUUGUGUUUCGGAGGAGCUGAAAUCUGCAUCAGAUUUACACAGAAAGCUUGGCAAAGCCAUUCAGACAGAAGCGAUAAACCCAAUGAAUCGUAUCCUGCAGGACCAUGAGAAGAAGAAAAAAAUAGUAGAUAAUACAGUUGAGAAGACAGCUGAAGCAGUUAUCAACAACUGGCGCCAACAGUUAAAGACCAAGAAGAAAUUAAAAGAGCUAACCAAGGACCAUGAAGCACUUUUCCGUGAUACAGAAAGCUCCCACCCAUUGGCGUCCCCAAAGGCCAAAAAAAAGUUGCUCAGAAACCUAGAAAAAUCUGCUAUCAAACUGGCAAAGGAAGAUGAAGACUAUUACAAGAAGAACUUAACUGCCUGUGAAACACGUGUGAAAUGGGAGCAGACAUUAGAAAAUGGGCACCAGAGCGUUCUUGACCUUGAAAAAGAUAAACUCCUGCUUCUCUGCAAUACAUUACAUCGUUACAGCCAGCUUCUUUCUCAUUUUGGACAGAGCCUCAUUGCUUGCCAUGCAAAGGUUCACAGUGCUGUCACUGAGGCGGAACUUGACAAGGAUGUGCAGGUGUUAGUGAAUGAAAUGUCACUAACCGAUGCAGAGACCAAGCUUGAACUCUUGUUAACAGACUACUAUGAAGAAGAUAUGAUGAGCCUAAUUGAAAAAGAGAGGAGACAAACUGCCAUCAAAGCUAAAAUAACACGGGUACAGGCAGAUUUGGAAAAGGUCCUACAGGACAAAACAGGCUUGGAACGGAUGCUUCAGGCUUACAAAGAAACCCCUCAGUUUUCGGAUGCAAAAAAUAUAAAUGAUACCAUUGCACAACUUAAUGAGGCAACUCUGAAAGCUGCCCUUCUACAAGCAAAUCAUUUCAAAUUGGGGAGCGCACUAGCUGAAAUUGAAAAGAAGCCUAAACCAUCUGAUGUCUGGAAUGACUGCAUUUCAAAAUGGAAAGAAAAGGACUGUCUACAUAGUUCUGUGACAAUCACUUGCCCGGUUACAAUGAGAAGCAUUAAACAGAGCUUGAAAAUGAGGACCACCAGUGAAUCUGGGAUUAGGUCAAGCUGCCCGCCAGAAACAGGGACCAGUGCGAAUUCCACCACCUCCUUGCAACCGGAGAAUUCAGAAAACGGAACUUGUCGAGCUUUGUAUGACUACCACACAGAAAGAGAAGAUGAGCUUCGCUUAAGUAAAGGUGACGUAAUUGUGAUUCAUCGCAAAGACGAGAGUGGCUGGUGGUACGGUUCUAGAAAGGGGGAAAAAGGCAAUUUUCCUGCUACAUAUGUGGAAGAAGUGACUCUCUUGACUGACAGGAGUGACGAAGAACUGUCGCUUUAAAACAAAAGGAAAAAUAAUCACCCCAAU